AAUAUAAGUAGGGGUGGAUAAGAGAAGGGUGUGGGUGUGUAUUGAAUUCAGACAGAGAAAAGGAAGAAGAAGAUAUAAACGAGGGUGCGUUGUAGCGUGACUGUCAAAUAUACAUAUUCUCUCUUACUUUCUCUCUCUCUCUCUCUCUCUCUCUUUUGGGAGAUUCGAUUCAAUCGCCCAUCAUUUCGGCUUUUACAAUCUAUGUCUCCUGCCUCUCAUCCCUCACUAUAAUGUUCUCUGUACCUUCCCAAUUCAUAUAUAAACAAACAUUCACCCCUUUCUUUGGAUUAUUACUCUGAAAGUUCCCUCACAUGCCAAAACAAAUUUACUGUUUGUCGCCAAUUCCCAACUUUGGCCCUGUUUUGAAUUGAAAAGAGGAUUGUUCACCAACCAAAGGGGGGGAAUUAAUUAAAUUAUGGAGGGGGAUACGUUUUCAGGCCUAGGUAAUGGUACACAAAUAGAUGGCAAGGUUUUUCAGACAUUUCAAAAGAGUUUUGUACAAGUGCAGAACAUAUUGGAUCAGAAUAGGCUGCUAAUUAAUGAGAUAAACCAGAACCAUGAGUCCAAGAUCCCUGAUAACUUGAGCAGGAAUGUUGGUUUAAUCAGAGAGUUAAACAACAACAUAAGAAGAGUUGUUGACCUUUAUGCAGAUCUUUCAUGUUCUUUCACCAAAUCAGUUGAUGCCUCAUCUGAAGGGGAUUCUAGUGGUGCCUUGAGGCCUGAUGGAAAACCUCCUACCAACAAGAGGAGCAAGCCUCUUUAGGAGGAGGAGGAAAAGGGAUAUUCAAAGUUGUGUCUCCUUUUUUAUCCAUUCUUUGUUAUGCUGGAAACAAGAUAAUCCUUCCAAGAUAAAUUAAUGGCUAGAUAAUAGUUAUAACCUUUUUUGUUAAAUUUUAUUUUCUCCCACUAGUUGUACUUUCUUUAGUACCUUACUCAGAAAUAAUGACCCCCCAGAGACUGGUUCCUUUGUUAAUGUGCCUUGUAGAUCUAAUUGAAUCAGAAAAUGUCUGUAUCCUCUAA